AAGAGUCACACCAGAAUGAUCUGUGUUUCCUUUUUGAUCUUGUGUUUAGCAAGAGGACUCGCAGGGUUGUCUUCUCUCAGGACUUUGAACAAGCGUCUGGACUGCAAUCAACUGGGUCUUGAUAACUGUAAAAUUGAAAGCUGCUCAGAGAAGCCCAUAACCGCACCCAGAGAAGAAGCUCCUGUCGGCCCAGUCUGGGAUUCUGUUCAUGUGGGAGUCUGGAUGGAUGAUCAUGAGCCUGUUUCUGUUGUGAAUGUGACCUGGAAACUAAAGGUAGACGGGGGUUUGUACAAACUUCAAGGAUCAGUGAUAAGUAUAAGAGAUGAAACUACAAAUCAAAGUCUGUGUGUGCAGUUUUCCUUUAUGAUCAACCAGGUACAGAAUCCAAACUACAAGAGGUGGAAAUUUUCAUUGGAUGGAGUUGUCGUUGAGCCAGGGCACACAUAUACGGUGUCAAUUUUAAAUUUGCCUGAACCUGAAAAUGGAGACUACAGAAUUAAAGAGCAGUUUACCAUCCCAGGAUGUGGUGACAGGAGGAUCAUGAAAUCUCUGCUGUGUCUGCAAAAUGGUAGUCUCUGGGAUCCCCACAUGGAAACUGAUGUGACUUUUGACAAGAAAAAUAAAAAGUUAUAUAUCGCUGUUAGCUUUGUGGUGGCACAAUAUUCAGAGAAUUACCAAGUCUCCAUCCAGAGUCAAGGUUUCUUUUACUCCAAGAAUAUCUCAAAGGAAAACAGAUCAUUGAUAAGUGAGAAAUUUGUAUUUAGUUUAUGGGAGCUCUCACAAUGUGAAAUGUGGCUGACAAUUCAGCCAUUUUUCAUUCAAUGCAAAAGCGACUGUCUGCGAGUGGAGAAUACACUGAAUUACUGCCUGUAUUAUUCACAACGGGACUCAUUUGUAAAAGUUGCUGUUGGGCUGUUUCUCGUUGGGGUAUUUCUUGCAUCUUUUGCGUUCAGAACAUCUCCUAAAGAGCCUGCGAACACAUCUUUGUCUGCUGAUGAAGAACAACAACAGGAUUCAAAAUUACAGGAGAGAAAAAGAGUCCUCAUAAUCUACUCUCCAGACCAUCCCUUAUACAAAAACAUUGUUCUCAAACUUUGUGCCUUCCUGAUGAGCAAAUGUGGCACUGAAGUGUUCCUGGAUCUACUGGACUAUACCAGACUGGGAGUGUUGGGAAGCAUCCAGUGGCUGGAAUGGCACAGACAACAAAUAGAAAAAUCUUCAGAUAAGAUACUCAUCCUGUGCUCGAAGGGAGUUCAGGCCAAAUGGAAAGCCAUGUGUGGAGACAAAAAGGUGUUUCUGAGAGAGGACGCACGCUCACCUGUAGGUGACAUGCUCAGUCCAGCCCUCAGCCUCUUGAUCCCACAUUUCAUCCGAUCUGCAUCGUAUGAAAAAUACAUUGUGGCUUACUUUGAAGACAUUUCUUCUGAGGAGGAUGUUCCUUCACCUUUCCGCAUCAUGAUACGCUACAAGCUAAUGAAACAGUUUGAGGAGGUUUUGUUCAGGAUCCUAGAUGCUGAGAAGCACAAACCAGGCAGAGUGAAUUACAUUGAAGGAAUCUCAGAGGGCGAGCACCACAACUGUCCCUCAGGCAGGGACCUGCAGGAUGCCGUAGAUGCUUUUCAGGCCUACCAGCUGCAGCAUCCACACUGGUUUGAAGAUGAGUUACUGGAAAGUUCAGAGCUGGAGGUGGAGGAGAGUUCAGCUGAGAUCUGUGAGGAUGCACAAACAACCACAGCACUCAUUACAAGUUAUGAUUCUGACUCAACCAAAGUCUUCAGUCUGUUGAACUCACAGGAAAGACCAGAACUCAGUAAAAAUGAAGAGUGCCAGCUGAGGUCAGACCUGAGAGCAGUUUGAUUU